CUAUAAUGUACCACAGACCAUGCUACAGGCAGACCAUUGCAAACCUUUUGUAGACUUGAUAAACCUGAUGCUAAUUUUACUGUUAAAGUGCAGUAUCCUUAUUUUGCGAUAUUAUGCUAAAUAAAUUGGCUUGAAAAACAUACGCCAGACAUUUAAGACAAACUACACUUUUAAAAGGAUAUCAGUGUGAAACCUGCCUUACAUGUUUGAUGCUGCUCUCAGACUACUACCAAACUAAAAGCUCUUGCCUCCAACUUGUGUUGCACUCUUCCCGCCCUCUUCAUGUCCUCUUUCCACAGCUGGGCUCGUUGGCAGGCUCCGUCCUCACAGAGAGGCUGCACCAGGAUGGGUGCUCUCCCGGCGACAAGGACUGUAUGGAUCUUAUUAUUUACUGGAAUUACAUUGGUUUACGGGAUAAAUCCCCUUUUGGUUACAGGUUCCAACGUCUGUACCUCCAGAGGGGCCAGCACAUGUAAGCAGUGUCUGGCUGUUCACCCAAGCUGCGCGUGGUGUUUUCAAGAGGAGUUUGGACAGGGGGUUGCUGGUGCUUCUCGCUGUGAUCUAAAGAGUAACCUGGUUGCAGCAGGCUGUGCUCCGUCAGGUCUUGAGUCUCCAAACAGCAAACUUCAGGUGCUUGAGGACCGGCCCCUUAGUAACAAGGCAGCAGGGGCCACACAGGAUGUCACCCAGAUUAAACCCCAGAGGCUAAGCAUCAACCUCAGGCCAGAUGAUGCAAAACGCUUCACAGUAAAGGUGCGUCAGGUAGAGGACUACCCAGUGGAUCUCUACUACCUCAUGGAUCUCUCCUACUCCAUGAACGAUGAUCUUUUUCGUCUGAGGACUCUGGGUAAAGGUCUGGCGGAGGCCAUGAACCGCACCACUAGCAACCUUCGUAUGGGCUUUGGGGCUUUCGUGGACAAGCCGCUCUCACCUUACAUGUAUAUCUCCCCCAAAGAGGCUGUGAAGAACCCCUGCUACAGCAUCAACACCACCUGCCUGCCCCAGUUUGGCUACAAACAUGUUCUGACCCUGACGGAGGAGGUAGCCCGCUUCACAGAGGAGGUGAAGAAGCAGAUGGUGUCAAGGAACCGAGAUGCCCCAGAGGGAGGUUUCGACGCCAUCAUCCAGGCCGCUGUUUGCAAAGAGCAGAUUGGGUGGCGUCCCGGUGCAUCCCACCUUCUGAUCUUCACCUCAGAUGCUAAGACUCAUGUAGCUCUGGAUGGCCGUCUCUCUGGAAUCGUGCAGCCCCACGAUGGAAAGUGCCACCUCAAUUCUGACAAUAUGUACAACAUGUCCACAACUAUGGAUUACCCAUCACUGGCUUUGAUCACAGAGAAGAUGUCAGAGAACAACAUCAACCUCAUCUUUGCCGUCACCAACCCUGUGGUUCCUCUUUACCAGAACUACAGCGAGUUGAUUCCAGGCACCACAGUAGGAAUACUGUCUAAUGACUCGGGCAAUGUUAUUCAGCUCAUACUGAAGGCCUAUGCUAAAAUCCGUUCCAAAGUGGAGCUGGAGCUUCAAGACGUCCCGGAGGAACUGUCCUUGUCCUUUAAUGCCACCUGUCUGAACGGAGAGCUCAUUCCAGGCCUCAAAUCCUGCUCUGGUCUGAAGAUAGGAGACACAGUCUCUUUUAGUGUGGAAGCCAGAGCCCGUGGUUGCCCCAAACAGAAGAAGAAAACCUUCAUCAUAAAACCUGUGGGCUUUAAGGACUCUCUUUCCAUCACAGUCACUUUUGAAUGCGACUGCAAGUGCCAGAAUAAAGCCCAGCCCAAUAGCCCCAAGUGUAACCAAGGCAAUGGCACCUACGAGUGUGGCAUCUGCCUGUGCCACCCGGGUCGCUUGGGGCCGCACUGUGAGUGUGCAGAGGGAGAUUAUAAUCCCACAGAGCAGGACCGCUGCAGUGGACCCUCCGGCUCUGGAGGACCUCAGUCUGCCAUCUGCAGCGGUCGAGGAGACUGUGUGUGUGGCCAGUGUGUUUGCCACAAUAGUGACUUCGGAAAAGUUUGGGGAAAGCUGUGUGAGUGUGACGACUUCAACUGCCUGCGCUAUAAGGGAGAACUGUGCUCAGGCCAUGGCAUCUGCAACUGUGGCUUCUGCCAGUGUGCACCAGACUGGCAGGGUGAGAACUGUAACUGCUCCAGGCGCACUGACACCUGUAUGUCCAACGUGGGUCUGCUUUGCAGUGGGAGAGGCCAGUGUGUGUGUGGAGCCUGUGAGUGCACGCAACCUGGUGCUUAUGGGGCCACAUGUGACAAAUGCCCCACCUGCCCUGAUGCCUGCACUAUGAAGAAGGAGUGUGUGGAGUGUAAGCACUUCAAGAGGGGAACGCUGUUUGAGGACAACACCUGCUCUCGGAUCUGCAAGGAUGAAAUUGUGCUCGUUGAUGAAUUAGUGCUUCAUGAUACAAAUGCUGUGAACUGUACCUACAAGGAUCAAGAUGAUUGCCUGGAGCGUUUCCAGUACUACGAGGACAGCAGUGGCAAGUCCAUACUGUUUGUUGUCAAAGAGCCAGACUGCCCCAAGGGUCCAGAUGUUUUGGUGGUGCUUCUAUCUGUAGCUGGAGCCAUCCUCUUUCUUGGCUUGGCAGCUCUGCUUAUCUGGAAACUGCUGGUCACCAUUCACGACAGACGGGAGUUUGCCAAAUUUGAGGAAGAACGCGCUCGAGCUAAGUGGGACACGGGACACAAUCCUCUUUACAAAGGAGCCACAUCCACCUUUACAAACAUCACAUACAGAGGAAAAGACUGACACAUCUGAACCAGGUCAAAGGAUGGAGUAGUGGAUUUGAACUGGUCUUUGUGAGAAGUUACGCAAUCAUGUGCAGGCCUCUACUGUCACAAGACAAUAAUGAAUAAUUAUUUGUGUUUGUAAAUAUGUAGAAAUUAUUUUACGGUUUGUCAGGGGUUACUAACCUGCUUAUGCUACAUUGAUAAAUGAGACGUUUUGAUAUUUUGUGUUGAACCAAGACUUUUCCCACCAAGAGUUUUUAUUUUGUUGGACCUGUUUGUACUUAGCCCCUAAAGUCUGUAGAUAUUGUUAUUUUUAAAAGUCAACAGUAAAGUCUAUUUUCAUUGGCAAGUGUUGAAGAUGACCCAGAAACCUUGACGUGGAACAUCAUCCUAACCCCCAUGACUUGAUAUCACUUGAGACUGAGUGGAAAUUGUAUUUUCAAAAAAGGGAUGUACUUGAUUUCCUCCUUGAAAUCAGGGGAAGAACAUAUGCUGGGUCAUACACACACACAUACAUUUGUGGCCCACAAUUGUCUGCAUAAUGCUAUUAAUAUCAACCUGUUCUCAACCUUUGAAAAGUUGUUUCAAAAUGAUGUGCUGGAAAUUCAGUGUGGUUUGGAGUAAAGAUGUUAAUUUACUGAAAACUA